UGGUACUGCAGCCCUAGCGCAGACAACAACAAAAAUCGUACAUUGGUGGAAAUUUCCGCAAAAACGGAAUAAAAAUAGCAAAGACCGCCGCGAAAAACGACUGCUGCACACAAUGCACAAAGGUGCGCCACCCUGGCAAUUCGCUGCCACGGUGGAUGCCAACGCAACAGAUAAGCAGACAGAGCAGAAGGAGGAGGAAGACGUAUCCGAAAAAAUGAUAAGAUUCGCCAUGUCCCCGAAUUCCGUUGUAGCAGCACCAGCAGCAGCGUCGCCCCAAACCCUGUGCUGGCUGCUACUGCUUCUGCUGUGCAGCCUGCCACUGCCCCUGCCCAUGGCAGAGGCCACCCACAUAAGCGGUGACUUCCAAACGGCAGACUUUUUCCAGUUUCUCGUGAAAUUUGGGUUCAACAAGGCCGAUCCCCCGACACGACGCAUUGCCUAUGGCUAUAUCUAUGGUAAUGUCACAUCCCCGGAGAACUACACGGCCCCCGUGACCCUGGUGGUGCUGGACAAGUCCACAUUUUUGGACUUUUACGGAAAUCGCAGCCUCCGGAGCCGGGAGGCAUCGUGCUCCAUGAUGUUCGCGCGCCUGCAGAGCACUGCCUAUGAUCCCAAAUGCAAUCCGCAGGGAAAGCGCGACUUUCUCAGGCAUGUGCCCUGUCCCAGGGGGCAGUUGUGCAGCGACGAGGAUGCCCCAGCAAAUGUGAUGCCAGGACAUCAGUUUACGUACGUAAUCAACCUGGAGGCUGAGCCGCGCUUCUGGUACAUGGCCUUGGUGGCCUGCUAUCAGAAUCAGAGCACCUGCCAGUGGCACGCACACGAGAGCCUGCCGCGGCUCAGCAACAGGAGCAGCGGACUUCUCCACAAGCUGCACUAUGACAUCCAUUUGGUGAAUGUGCAUCCAAACAACUCGGCCGCACAUCCGCUGACCUUUCAGUACUCCUACGACCAGCAGAACCUACUGGAGAUGUACCUCAUCUUCCUGCUGGUCUACAUUGUGCUCCUGCCCAUGCAGAUCUAUGCGGUGAGGCGUCAGAAGCAUCCCGUCACGAAGCUCUUUACGCUGAGUCUGCUCAGCGAAUUCGUUAGCCUGGCACUGAUCACGGCCCAUCUGAUCCACUAUGCGGCGAAUGGAGUGGGCGAGCCUCGGCUGCAGGCGGCGGGCGAUGUGCUGGACAUACUUAGUCGGACGACAUUCAUGCUGAUCCUCCUGCUGCUGGCCAAGGGCUGGGCGGUAACGCGCCAGCAAAUCAGUCGCACCGGCUGGAUCAUUCUAAUGUCCAUCUGGGUGCCAUACUGUGCGUUCCAUGUGUUCCUCUACAUCUGGGAUCGGACGGAGGUUGACAUUGUAUCGGAUAUUGAUGAAUAUCAGACCUGGCCCGGCUGGAUUGUCCUGAUCCUGCGAUCUUCCUUUAUGAUGUGGUUCCUGUACGAGCUGCGAAACACCAUGAAAUACGAGCAUUCCACCAAGAAACUGGAUUUCCUUUUGCAUUUGGGCGCCUCCAGUCUAGUGUGGUUCAUCUACUUGCCCAUCGUGGCCAUUGUGGCAUUGCAGAUCAGCCCCAUGUGGCGCUACAAGCUGCUCCAGGGCAUAACCAAUUCGGCCGACUGCCUCGCAUACUGUGUGAUGACGGGCCUACUGUGGCCCCAUCGGGCGGGACAAUAUCUCCUUCUUGCAGGCACCAAAUAUGCAGGCAUGGAUGAGCUGGAUGAGUUCAAUGAGGCUCCUCAUAUUGUGCGCGAACGGGAGCGUCGCAGGAAUUCCCCACCCGAUGAUAUAUCGAUUGGAACGAGCAACGGUAGCCGCGGCAUGGUGCUGUCCACAAGCAUUCCUCACUCGCUAAACGGAGAUGCGUGCAACGAUCUGCUUGAGGCAGAGGAUCUGGAUGCGGAACUACUCACCGAUCUGAACAAAAAUAGCCAUAUUGUGGCAUAGAAUGCUGCUACAAAGAUCGAACAGAAAACGGGUUAAUUAGUAGAUUUUUAGUAGACAAUUUGUGCUAAAUUACGCUACAAUUUUAGAUAUAUAGAAGUAUACAUUGAUGUAUGUAUAUUCCACAUAGUCUGUAGACCUACAACGAAGUUAGAAGAGAAGGAAAGAUGAAAGGAGGAGAGCCCCAGAAGAUACCGCAAAGAUAAAAGUGCAACAGAUUGCAGAAAAUAAUUGUUGUGUGAUUUUAUAGUAAUAUGCUUAAAUUUUGUAUUAGUUUAUCGUUCUCUCGAUCUAAGCCAACGAUUAGUUAACGCAUAGGACAACGAUACGACUACGCUUUUACGCAUCAUCAUUUCGUUGUGGUGCAAGUAUGCAUAAGCUUACAUUUUUAAUGAAACGAAAAAAAAACAUACAUAUAGUUAUAUAGGACUUAUAUACAUAGAUUUAAAUAUGCAUAUAUAUAGAGUAUGUCAGAAGUUCAUUAACAAACAGGUAUUUUGAUAAGAACAAACAAAUAAGAGAACCCACUCCACUCAAAACAAAAAACUAACAGCAAGAAUAUGUACAACGUGUACACUGCGAAAGAUAGUGAAAUAAAUGAAUCAUUUUUUA